AUUAUUGCAAUCAAAGGAAAUCAGAGAUGAGGCAGGGCCGGUAUAAAACCUUCCUGGGGUGCAUCUUCCCACACUGCUCCAGCUCUGAGGGCACGAGGACCAACCAUGAAGGCUUUUCUGGUGGCCCUGCUGGCUGCAGUCCUGUGUGCCCAGCAAGCUUCCUCCCUGUUUUGCUACAUCUGUGACAACGAACAUUCCAACUGGAACUGCAUGAAAACCUACAAGUGUGACGACCAUGAGAAAUACUGCACGACCACGUACAGCACCGUCGGACUCGGCAAGGACACGGGGCACCGCAUCACCAAGAAAUGCUCGGCGGACUGCCCCGAGACCAACGUGAACUUCGGGGUGGCCGCCUACUCCACCAAGUGCUGCAGCACCUCCCUGUGCAACUUCAGCGGCGCCAACAGCGUCCGGACCAGCUACGCCGUGAUGCUGCUGGGCAUGGCGGGCAGCCUGAUCUGCAUGCUCAGGCUGGGACUGUGACCCCGGGCGGUGGCAGGAGGUGUGACCAGCCCGGGAGAGCCACAAGGUGUUCCCCGAGUGAGAAACCUCAGCGUUUUUGGUGGUGACGCUGUUUUAUUCCGAGACACCGCUUCAGAUCCCAACGUGAUGCGGCUCCCAUUCCUCCCCCCUGUUGUUUUAUACUGAAUUUUUCCCCUGGGAAAGCCCUUUUGAUAGCACGUGUGUGGUAACUGUCAGGCCAAAUAAAGAUUUGUGUUAUUCUA